UGCCAGGAGGGUGCCCGGGGGGACACGCACCACGCCCUGUGCCGCGAGGCGGAGGGCAAACCCCUCUGCAGCGGGAGAGGGGAGUGCAGCUGCAACCAGUGCCUCUGCUACGAGAGCGAGUUCGGGAACAUCUACGGGCCCUUCUGCGAGUGCGACGACUUCUCCUGCGCCAGGUACAAGGGAGUCCUCUGCUCAGGUCACGGAGAGUGUCACUGCGGGGAGUGCAAGUGCCACACAGGUUACACUGGGGACAACUGCAACUGCUCUACCGAGACGGACAGCUGUGUUUCCAGCGACGGGCAGAUGUGCAGCGGCAGAGGCACCUGCGUCUGCGGGAGGUGUCAGUGCACGGAGCCCGGCGCCUUUGGGGAGACCUGUGAGAAGUGCCCCACCUGCCCGGGCAUCUGCAGCACUAAAAGGGACUGCAUUGAAUGCAAGCUGUUUAACUCAGGAAGACUGGCUGAUAACCAAACCUGCCAAAAGCACUGCAAGGAUGAGAUCAUCACCACUGUGGAUGUUCUCGAAACAGAUGACCCGAACGCUAUCCUCUGCGCCUACCCAGUGAACAACUGUGUCAUGAAGUUCACCUACGUGGAACUUGCCAGUGGGAAAUCCAACCUCACUGUCCUCAAAGAGCCAGCGUGCAGCUCGGCCCCCAGCGCCGUGACCAUCGUGCUGGCGGUGAUCGGCAGCGUGGUGCUCAUCGGUGUCGUCCUGCUGGGCGCCUGGAAGCUGCUCGUCACCAUCCACGACCGGCGGGAGUUUGACCGGUUCCAGAGCGAGCGCUCCCGGGCCAGAUACGAGAUGGCAUCCAAUCCUCUCUACCGAAAGCCUAUUUCCACACAUAACGUAGAGUUCACAUUCAACAAGCUCAACAAGUCUUACAACGGUACAGUUGACUGAUGGGGUCUCAGCACCUGGGACUGCUGUGGACAAUUGCUUGACUGUAUAUGCUGCUUCCCCACGUGAAGAUGGGAUCCUCCUCAGGGGUGAGAAUCCCUUACGAUGGGACUGGUCGAUGACCCCAGCCUGUUAUUUGCACAGUAAGGAGAAAGGUCUGGUUCAUUCUGGAGGCAUGGACAUGGAGGCAGGCUCCCUCCUGUGCUGAUGGAUUCUGAGCCGUGUGUGACUCCGUACCCCAGCUUCUGGAUGUAUGCAACCUGCCAACUAAGUCAACCAAGUGCCAUAUUGCAGCUUUAGACAUAUCCCGUUAGAAAGGGUGACUAGUUCAAAAUAGGGGAACCCGCACCACCACAAGUUGUUGUUGUUGGGGGCGGGGGGGGGGAAUUAGCUUAAGAAGAAGAGGGUAUUGGAAGCAUUUGUGUAAGAAAUUAGGAUACCAGAGUUCUGCAGUUUUUAGGAUUUUUUUUUAUAUAAAAAAAUAAAACUAUUGUGCAU